GACAAGUUGGGCGCCGUCCAAAUCAAUAAGUACACAAAAUGCAAAAACAGAGGAGGGAGUGACAGAACCAACAACGUCAGCAACAACAACAUGACCAAAUGCCACCGCGUGACUUAGAAUAAUUUUUGCCUAAUUGCCGUUGACGUAACCAGUAAUGACCCUUUCAAAUUCAAUUCUCUUCAUCACCAUUUAUAUUCCACACACACCCUCUUCCAAUUUCCAUAACCAUAACCAUAAACACAAUCAUGCAUCAAGCAAUUCCCUUCCGAUCAUGGCGCCCUCUCCAUAACCCCGCCACCCACUUCACCCCACUCCCAUUAAUUACACAUUCCAACACUUGUCAUCGUUAUAACAAUGAUAACAACAAUAACGAUUCAGCCAAAGACAUGGUGGUGAACAUGGUUUCUGAGAACGCUGUUAUAGUGAUUGGGAGACGCGGCUGCUGCAUGAGCCAUGUGGUGAAGCGUCUUCUUCUGGGUCUUGGUGUCAACCCUGCGGUGCACGAGGUGGAGGAGGAAGAUGAAGCAAGUGUUGCAAGAGAAUUGGAAGAAGCCAUUGAUGAUGAUGGGGAAGAGAAGAGGGUGCAGUUUCCAGCGGUUUUCAUUGGUGGCAAGUUGUUUGGAGGAUUGGAUCGUCUCAUGGCUACUCAUAUUUCUGGUGAAUUGGUUCCUUUGCUCAAAGAAGCUGGAGCUUUAUGGCUUUGACUCUCCCUUAUGUUCAAUUACUCACUUUCAUCACAUUAAUUGUAUUCUUAUUUUUAUCUCAUUUUUCAAUCUUUUUUCUUCCUAGCUAGUUCUUGCUGUUAAUUUCUCCUUUUUCUAUUGUAAUUUCCCCAAACGUUGAUUACUGCCUGUUUUGAUCAUAUCUAUCAACUCGGUCUUCGCGUUAAUCAAGACAUGAUAUAGAUUAAUAUACAAUUAAUUAUCUCCAUUUUACGCAUCACGUUUUAUGGUAUACACUUCUGAGAACGACACUUUCAUGAAUAUUAUCAUAAAAAUGUAAUUUUAUUUAAAUACGUUAAUAUCGUAUUUCUUUUUUACAUUAUCACUUAUCAUAAACUAUUAUACCAAUAAAAAUUAUAAAAUUUUAUAAUGAUUAGUAUUAAAAAUGUGUUCUAAUUUGUAGAUAGUGUAAAGAUUUUUUUAUUAACAGUGCAUCAAAGUUUUUAAAAAAUGUUAUCUUAUCCAAUGCCUCUUCCGUAAACUCAGCGUAUAAAUCUUGAUUUAGAAUUUAACAUUAGGUUACUAAGCUACAACACUAACGGUGCAUUCAGUUGCGUGUGGACCUUUUUCAACUUUGUUCAUCACCGACAAAUAACUGUGAUGAUAAAUGUGCGCUAUUUUUUUUUUCUUCUCAAUUGUUAAAUUUUUAUUAACAAUUAUAAAAAUGUUAUCUUGUCUAUAGAUGUAAUAAAAGUUUAUAGCUAAGCAAUAACGUGUUAAUUUUAUUUCCUCAAAAGUAACAUUUGGUAAUUUUUGAAUGAUUAAUUAAUGAUGGACAUUUUAUAAUUGGUGUUUUAUGUACGUUUCAUUUGCUUGCCAUGUGCUUUUUGGUCUUUUAUUUUAUCCUGCUUUUACACAAUUUUAAUUGAUGAGACAAAAAGCAUGAAUCAAAUACUGGGAGUACAUAUAGGCCAUUUUGCAAACUUGCUUUAUAUGGUGAGUUACGGCCCAGGCCCAGGCCCAGGACCAGGCCCAGGCCCAGCAUAUAGUUCAUUAAUCUUCAUCUGUGUUUAUCUUUCCAUGAUUCAAAUUCACAACAUUCUCCGAGAAAGUUGUUCGUAAGAUCAAUGAAAAAGAUUAGUAAACUGUUCAAACCGCUUCCAGUUAGUUAUAACUUGAACCAUCUAAAUAAGGAACUAUUAGAGCAUAUACCUCUGUUUCUGAAAUAAGAUUUCAGAAACCCGUAAAAGGAUAAUGCCACAUAAUUUUCAAUGAAUAAUCUCAAAUUAUUGUUAUUAUUAUUAUUUAAACGGGUCAGCCUAUUAACCUAAAAGACCUUUUAAAUGCCUAAAAUUUAACAUUUUUAACUAAAUAGACUUUUAAAAAAGUUUUAAUAUAACCUACUUAAAAAAAUAAACUUGAUCUACUAGGUCAUCAGCUCUCAAUGAACAACAUAACUUAUUUUUACCCUAAUCAAAAUUUCUUAAUGUAAUGGCUCUUUGAUAAACUUUUCGACAUGAGAUAAUAUAAUUAAAUUCUUUCUUCUGUCCACAAUCUUACCCGAU